GGUUUUUCCUGUUGUGGCCAACGAACAGAUAGGAAAACAUAUAGGAAAUAUCGUUAUUCCAGCAGCUGUCCCCAAGAAAAUUGGGGGUUGUCGGUUGUCCUGCACACAGGACCGUGCGCCCGUGCGCCCCUGUGCCCGAGUGCCCGUGUGUGUCCGUGCCAUCCAAUCAAUCCUUCCCUUCAAUCACCUGAUGAGGGUCCCGGGUUUCGAGAGAUGUGUUCGGCGGAAGAAAUGACCUAAUUUUUGUGUGGCUGUAGCGUAGCCAGGACACAAACCAGCAACAACCUCCCCCCCGCCCAUUCCAAGAAAGAAAACCCGCAAUCCCCCCCACAGCACAAAAGGCACUUGACUGGUUUCCUCCUACAUCCGUCUCCUCUAAUUAGAUUCCCAUUUUGAUUGGUAUUCGUUCUCUCUCCACCGCAUUCCUUUUUUAGUUACCGGAACUGUUCUAGCACCAAGGCCCCGGGCCCGCACGCACCCAGCCCACCGCCCAACGCGCCCAACGCAUACCGUCUACGUCAGGGCCACAGCCACAGGCCACCGCACCAGCCACAGAGAGUCGAGUCACCUCCAUCCAUCCAGCAGCAUCUGCUCGAGCCAUGGAGCAGCUGUGCUACCUGGCGCUGAGCUGCCUCCUGGUCAUCGUGGUCCUCUAUGGACUGCUCGAGCUGCACUACUUCCUGCGCAUGUGCGUUUGUGUGGUGCUGGCGCGUUUUGUGAAGCGACGCUGCCACAUACUGGACGCCACCACGGUGAACGGUCUAUGCCUCACCAACGAUGUGGACACGCUGCUGUACCACAUGAACAAUGCCCGCUACUUCCGGGAGCUUGACUUUGCCCGCGUGGACUUCUACGAGCGGAGCAGUCUGUAUCGCACCAUUACGGGCAUGGGGGGAUCCGUGUUCCAGGGAGCGGCCACCAUACGUUAUCGUCGUUUCAUACGACCCUUUCAUCGCUUCAAAAUCGUCUCCAGGAUCGUGUACUGGGAUGACCAGUCGCUGUUCAUGGAGCACCGUUUCUUGCGGCCCUCGGACAAGUUUGUGCACUGCAUAGCCAUUUGUCGGCAGCGCGUCAUUGACGUGUCCAUGGAUGCGGUGAUGGCAGAGCUACUGCCGCGGACGGCCUCGGACCACUUCCGGCCAACGGAACGGGAACGGCACGUGGCCCCCGUUUCUGGGGCUAGCCUGCAGCCGAUGGGCGCAGCCGGGGGUAUCAGCAAUCCCGCGAUGGACCAAUCCUCUCUGGCGGAGAACGGACAUGCAGCAGCGGCAGCGGCAGCGGCAGCGGCGACAACACCAACAGCGACGGUGACGGCGCUGGGGCACUGCGCAAAGCUAAAGCCAUCGCUGCCGCCGGAUCUGUCCAAGUGGAUCGAGUACAAUGACAUGUCCAGCAAGAAUCUACGCAGCGGCUGCUGACGGGAAAGUGGAACCCGUCGCCUCUCCUGAUACGUUUCGCGGCUGUUAGCUAAGAAAAACAAACUGUGCUACUCGUACUAUGUAUACAUUAUUAAGUGGUCCAAGCGACCCUAGGCGUAAGUGUCCGCCCCUAAGCCGUAGCUUUAUCUAAUGUAUGAUGAUCAUGAUUCAUGUUUGAACCAAACCCAAACCCAAGCCCAAAUCCAAGACCCCACCCCCAUUGGUAGUCCCAAGUGUGUGUAAGAUUAUGAUGUACAAUGAUUGUGUUUAGUAAAACAAAAGAAAAACUCUC